CACUAUCUGCUUAGUACCUUGGACCAACACUACCUACUUUCAUUCUGCAUUUCAAUCUUGAGGAAUGGCAAUAAAUACUCCACAUCAUCAGAUUAUGGAAAUCAGUGGAAUAACAAUGGAAGAUGACAAAUUUUCGGAGCAAGAAAAGGAAGAUGACCAGCUUUCGGAAAUCAGCUGUCAGCUAGAAAUGGAAGAUGACAAAUCUAUGGAGUUCUGGGACCUAGUAUUGGGAGACGAUUGGGAUGAAGUAAUUAAAAAAUACAAUGAAGACAGUAAUUUUCACAAGAUAGAUAUCAAGGGAAGAGGAACAGCAUUACACGUGGCAGUAAGCAUGGGACGACGCGACGACGUAGUGAAAAGUCUUGUAGAAGCAAUAGAAAAGCUUGGUGAUGAAAGUAGUUUGAAAAUGAUGAAUGAAAUAGGUGCUACUCCACUUCAUGUUGCAGCAUAUGCAGGAUUCCUAGAUGUGUGUAAACUUAUAAUUGGAAAAGAAGGUCAAAGGAAAUAUUUGAUUCAAGUGAAAAAUUUUGACGGGGAAACACCACUUUUUUGGGCGGUGAAUGCCCGUCAAAUGUCCGUGUUUCUUUAUCUCCAACAAUUUUAUCGUGUUGAUCUCAAUAUUGCUAUCGAUAACAAUUUAACUAGCAUCCUUCAUGUUGCCAUUGACACAGAAAGAUAUGAUAUGGCAAUUAUAAUAAUGCAUCACUACAAAGUUCUUACCAUUCUGAAAAAUAAGGAUGACAUCACUCCUCUCGAAAUUCUUGCUACUAAGACAUCAGCUUUCAUAAGUAGAAAUACACUGUCAUGGCGGCAACGAAUUUUGUACUACUGUCUUCCUUUACGCAACCAUGAUGCAAAAGAAGUAUUGAAAUCUUUAAAGCGGAGGACUAUUUUUAAAGCAAAAGUAAAGAACGAAAAAGAUGAAUAUAGUGAAGUACAAAUUCCUAUAUAUGACUUCUUAGAAAUGGCACAAAAGAAGCCACAUUCUCUUGCUAAAAUUAUGAGCAAAAUGUUGGUAUUCAUGAGGCUAAUCGUGUCACUACUAGGCUUAAAGGCAAUAAUUACUAUUAAGAUGAAGCACAUAUAUGGUGGUCUGCUCUUGAAAGAAAUGAUGAAAAUACCUAUUUAUUCAUUAUUGGGUGGUGGUGUGAUCAAUCUAAAAGAUGACUUAGGAUUUGAUUCUGGAAUGGAGACAAAGAUGCUUACUGAAACAAAAGUGAAAAGUAAAGCAAAAACCACAGCAUAUUUGACUGCAGCAAGUCAUGGAAUAGUUGAGAUUAUGUCAGAGCUUGAAUCAAAGACAAAAAGUGUGGUUAGUGAGACUAACUUUAAUAAUGAAAAUGUAUUGCUUUUGGCAGUAAAGAAUAGACAACCACAUGUAAUUCAGCGGUUGAAGAAUGACUUAGAUGACGGAGUCUUCCAAAACCUAUAUCUACGAGUUAAUAAAGAUAAGAAUACCAUGUUACACUUGGCAGCAUACACAUCUUAUGAGAGAGAAAAUACUUGGAGGAUAUCCGGCGCUGCCAUGCAAUUGACGUGGGACAUCAAGUGGUAUAAGUACAUAAAAGAACUAGUGCCAGAGCAUUUCAAUAAUAAAUUCAACAAUGAAGAAAAAACCCCUAGUGAUAUCUUUAAGGAGCAACACAAAGAACUUCUACAAGAUAGUGUUGAAUGGUUGAAAGACACGUCAGAAUCAUGCUCAGUCGUAGCUGCUCUCAUUGCUGGUGUCUCCUUUGCGACAUCAGGUAGCGUACCUGGUGGCAAUCAACAAACAGGAGUACCGGCAUUAAAAGGACAACCUGCAUUUGAAGUAUUCGCUAUAUCUUCAUUAAUUGGACUUUACUUCUCUGUCACUUCACUUGUCAUGUUCCUUUCUAUACUCACUUCUCGAAAAGAAGUCGAAGAGUUUCAUCAAAACAUGCCAAUGAAGCUUCUUUUUGGUUUGAGCUCCCUCUUCGUAUCCAUCGUUGCGAUGUUGGUUUCUUUUUGUGCUGGACAUUUCUUUGUGCUCGCAGAUAAAUAUACGAUGGGAGGUAUCUUGUUCUCUUUAUAUAUUUCCAUUUGUUUUCCUGUCGCAUUCUAUGCAGCUGCGCAGUUUCCGUUAUUCAUUGAUCUUGUUAAAGUUGUUUGGAAGAAGGUUCCACCACCAAGUAUUAGGGGUGUUCUUCUGUAGAGGUGUAUGUUUUGUUGUAUUUCUAUGUGAAUUGAAACUAAUGACUUUGGUUUGUAUUUGAAUAAUUUCAUUUUUUUUAAUUUCGAGUAUUGGUGUGAAUGUAGUGUAAUUUGACUCUUUUACAUAAUUAUAAGGUGUGAU